GACGCCGAACGAGGCGACGUGUUUGGGCCUUGGGGAAAGAGGGUUGUGGGACGUACGGGAUGACAUCACGCGGGGGGGCGGAAGAGUAAGUGGCUGGGCGUGCGCAGAGAAUUGUAGCCGGCUUGAGUUUUAGAGGCCCGCCGCCUCCGGGGCAGAGUGAUUGUGGUUAGAGGGGUAGCCGCGGAGGGUGGCGCGCGCAGACUGCGCCGGCUGGGAUCGGUUCUUUCCUCAGCCGGAGUCACGCGGUUGCUUCCCUUUUCUGCUCGGGCGCGCGCCCUCGUCCUCAGUCGCCUGGUUCUCUCGCGCCUCUUAGUCCUUUUAAUCUGGUGCAGGCAGGACCAUGGCGGAGCAGGAAAACAGGGCUGCUUUAAUAAGUGAGACCAGGCAGCGUUUUGAGACUGAAUACAUCCCAGCAAAAUCGGAUAAAUAUGAUUCGAGAGAUGUGGAGAGACUGCAGCAAGACAAUACCUGGGUAGAUAACUUCCUGAUCUGGCGACAUGAUUCGGUGGAUGAAACACUGAAGAUGAUUGAUGAAAGCUUUCAGUGGAGGAAGGAGUAUACAGUUCAUGACUUGACAGAAUCAUCACUUCCAAAGUGGAUAUUUGAAAUUGGUGCCCUUUAUCUACAUGGUUAUGACAAAGAAGGCUCUAAAAUAUUUUGGUUCAGAGUGAAACUUCACACAAAAGAUGCUAAAACACAAUUUGAGAAAAAGAAACUGGUAGCCUUUUGGCUGGAGCGCUAUGCCAGGAGGGAACAUGGAAAGCCGUUGACUGUGGUGUUUGAUAUGGCUGAAACUGGACUAAGUAAUAUGGACUUGGAUUUUGUCCGGUACAUCAUCAGCUGCUUUAAAGUCUAUUAUCCUAAUUAUCUCACAAAAAUUGUGAUCUUUGAAUUGCCCUGGAUAAUGAAUGCUGCUUUUAAACUUGUGAAAACCUGGCUUGGUCCAGAUGCAGUAGGUUUUCUGAAGACAGUCAGUAAGAAUGACAUCCAAGAGUAUAUUAGUGCUGAAUAUCUUCCGCCUCAUAUGGGAGGAACUGACACGUUCAAGUACAGUUACCCUCCCCUGGUGGAUGAUGAUUUUCAAACUCCAUUGUGUGAAAAUGGACCUAUUGCUAGUGAAGAUGAAACUGAAAGCAAAGAAGAGAUCGACAUGGACAACAAGGAGAGCCCAGAGUCUAACGAAGAGCAAGGGUCCAGUUCCAAAAAGACAAAUUUCACAGACCAAAUCCCCAAGCCAGAAGAGUCUGAAAAAGUGGAUUCCAAAGCAAAAAAUGCAAAGAAGGCACUAACAACUUUUAAAGGACUUUUAUUGCACAUCAGUCCAGCAGAAGAACUGCAUUUUGGGUCUAAAGAAACAGGAGAAAAGAAAUGUUUGAUUGUUCUAACAAACGUGACUAAAAAUACAGUGGCUUUUAAGGUGAGAACAACUGCUCCCGAUAAGUACCGAGUUAAGCCAAGUAACAGCAGCUGUGAACCAGGCACAUCACUAGAUAUAAUAGUGUCUCUUCAUGGUGGCUGUACAGCUUCCCUGCAAGACCGCUUUCUGAUUAUGGCAGCAGAAAUGGAUCAGUGCCCUGGAACAGGAACUCAAGAACUGGCUCAGUUUUGGAAAGAAGUUCCAAGAAACAAAGUGAUGGAGCACAGGUUGAGAUGUCAUGUUAUAGAAAGCAGCAAGCCUUCAACUUUAACAAUAAAUGAGAAUGCCUUUAAUCUUCCUGCAAAAACUAAUGAAGAUCUACACCUCCAGAUAACGCAAGUAUUGCACAGUAAUAAAAGGCUUCAAGAACAGAUUGAUCGAUGCGUCUGGCUCCAGCAAUUGACUAUGGUGUUUGUGUUGCUACUCGUUGCCAAUGCUGCCUUUUGUUUCUACAUGUUAUGAACUCAGGAAAGAUAAACAGCAGUGUCCUGUGCAGUGAGUGCUGCCUAUUUAAUUCAGUGUGAGAGGGACAAUGACCUGUGUGUGGUUGGAAGAACUGAAACUGCCCUGGAGGAGAUCUGUGCAGGCUUCCCUGAAAACCGCAAGACUGGACCAUGCUGUUAAACAGCAAAUAGACUUUGAUGGGUCAAGAGGAAGAAAAACAACAGCAGCAUAUUAAAGCAGUCAGUGUCACUGGACAGUUUAAGAAUUGUUAGACCGGAAGACAUUUUAUAAUUCAGUACUUCCUUCCUUCUGACAUGCAACUCGCCUAACAUGUACCUAGAUUAUGUACAUAAGUGUAACAUUUCUUUCCAGUGUAAGUAUAAAAUUGGCAAUGACAUAAAUGAGAUUUUCCUAUAUUUGUAUAUGAAGUGUAUGGGUGUACAUAAUAUGUAAUGAUUCAGUUCAGAAUUGAAGAACCAUAUUUUACCAGGUUGGGGUUGGUUCUUGUUCAUAUUUUCCAGAACAAUUGCAGCUGUCUUAUGCCAAACUAUUUUCAUCUGAGGUUAAUCUUAUAGCCAUAUUUCCCCUCAAAAUGCUUGCCAUGGUUCCAAAGAUACCCAACUAGAAGCUUUUUCUUGUUAAAACUAAUAUAGUACUAUGAAUCAGUAGGUGAGAUGGCCAAAAUAAUGGCUUUUGGGGCCACAACUGUGUUUCCUUAUUGAAGGGCUACUAACGUAAUGGAUGGCAGUCUCUUGGAACUCUUGGGCAACAAGUAGAGUGCCAUAAACGGUUGUUCAUAGUCAGGUUUCAGAUUUUGGGCUGGAUCCAACACAAAGGUACUACUGAAGGCAGAGCUUUCCUUGGGCACAAGGGUCCUUCUACCAGCACAAGAAGCUUGUGUUGAUAGAAUGCUCCAUUGUUAGCAUUGUAGAUCUGAUAGAAAAAAUUUUGGACCGUUGGUAUGUAAUAUGACCUAUAAAAUGAAAGAAUUUUUUCUUAAAGAGGUAGGUACCUUAGAGGCAUUGUGCAAAUGGCAGUACAAAUGACUUGAAAUAAUUUCAAAAGUGGUCUGAAAGAUACAGGAAUUUGCCUGAGAAAUGCAGAAAUUGCUCCAACUAUAGUCAUGUCAUGAGAAAAUCUAAAAAUUGGUGCUGUGAUCUUUGACAACAUUAAAUCUUUUAAAGUUGUUUGUGUUCAGGCAAUGUACUUACCUAGGUCAUGUUUGGAAGUGCAGUUCUAAAGUCAGUUCAGAGUGCAUGCUUCCCCAGAAGAGUUACUGUAGUCAUCAGUUGUCCUUUUUGUACUACAUCUGCACUUCUAUUUCUAGUUCCUUCUCUUUAAUCACAUGGGUUGCCAUCCAAAAUCUAGCAUAUACAGGAACUUCUCACGUGCUUUGACAUGUCUCUGUGUGAAGGAGGGAUGUUUUUAAUUGCAUUUGCCAGUUGUUCCUGUUCUGCUGUGAGGGCAACAGCACCCGCAGUUGACCUAGCAGAUCUCAGCCUUGACUAAUAGGACAAAACAUCUGUUGAAGAACCUUGGGAAGAGCAUUUCCAUUCCAAGCUCUUUUAUCCUUCCACAAAGUGCCUAAACUUGAAAGUACUAUUCACUGUUUUGGGCUGUAGUCUCCAGUUUUUAAAGAUUGAUUACUAGUCACUGAUGUAAAGUUAGGCUGCAACUCAGCAGGGUAAAGCAUGUUGAUUUUCAUUGCUGUUAAGCGUGCUUAAUUGCAUUGAAUUGUAGCGUUAAUGUUAAAAAUGUGACUAUAUUCACUGCUUAGACUCAAAUUGUGUGCGGUUGCUGCUGUUUAAACUAUAUUUAAAGUGGCAGAGGAUGGUAUUAAGGACAAAAGGGGUCUAGGGGUGAGGAGGAGAUGGGUCUGGAUUAAAUUUGUGGGAAAAGAACUUGCAGGUCUAAAUAUGAGGAAGAGAAACCAAGGAAGGCAGGCUCUACACUUGUCACCUACAUGGCCUGUCAGCUCUCCCUCAGGUUAUACAAUUUGAAAAGGUUUGGAUUUAAAUGAACAGAUUGGUUGUUAUUAUAUCUAGUUAGAGCCAAUAAUUAAUUCUAGUACAUAAACAUUAUAGAAUUCUACACACAGAAUAAUCUCAGUGCAGUGCAACUGAGCCAGUACGUAGGCAAUAUAUAUGUUCAAACGAUUGUUUUUGUGCUCAUGGGGUUGUUCUGUAUUAAGACUGACAGUAAAAGCUAUUGCAAGAUUCUCAAGAGUCUAUUUGGGAUGGAUUAUCUUCUGUUCAUCCUGUAUAUUAAAAGGAGAAACCAGUUCACUUUCUCAUCGGAUUUGAGAUCUCAAAAGUCAAUUGAAAUUUCUACAGUCUGUGUUAAUGUUAAGAUGAAUAGUGUUUUAUUCCAAUCUCAAGAUUAGACCUAUUUUUAAAAAAUGCUUAUCACUACAUCUGAGGACUGACUUGCACUUUAUUGAACACUUUCAAAAAUAUAUUCCUAAUAUCUAUGCCAAUAAAUAGAUUAAAUGUU